GGAAGUGGGUUAGUGCGCCGAAUUACAUUUGCCGACUGAAAAUCCUCCUCAUGACAAUCCGCUGUUUGGAUUCAGCACGAAUAACUCCUUAAGUCAGACGGCUCGCUCAUGGCUGGCAGAAGAGUGGUGGUCUUCCCCUCCUCAGGGGAGCUCGGCCCCGUGCUGGCCCAACUGGUGACCUCUCGGGCUGAGAAGGCCAUCACCUCUCGUGGCAGGUUCACCCUGGGCCUCUCUGGAGGAAGCCUUGCGUCCAUGCUCAGCAAAGAGCUGCUCGCUCUGCCAGAGCUGGACUGCAGCAAGUGGGUGGUUGGUUUCUGUGACGAGCGACUGGUUCCCUUCGAUGACCCCGAGAGCACCUACGGGCUGUACAAGAGUCAGUUCUUUUCCAAGGUCAACCUCCCUGACAGCGGGGUCUUAACCAUCGAUUCCUCUCUGCCAGUCAACGAGUGUGCAGAGGAUUAUACCCGUAAACUGAAGGAGGCCUUCCCAGGUGACAGCUUCCCAGUGUUUGACCUGUUACUGCUGGGCAUGGGGCCCGAUGGACACACCUGUUCCCUCUUCCCAGACCACCCUCUCCUUGAGGAAACCGAGAAGAUUGUGGCCCCCAUCAGCAACUCUCCCAAACCACCGCCACAGCGCGUAACUAUGACCUUCCCAGUGGUGAACUCUGCACGCUGUGUGGCUUUUGUAUCAACGGGAGGAAGCAAAGCACCAGUUUUGAAGGAAGUGCUGGAGGGCAGAGAGGGUCCGGCGUUUCCAGCGGCCCGUGUUGCCCCGACCAACGGCGAGCUGUUCUGGCUUGUUGAUGACCCCGCAGCUGCCUCCCUAACGAUCCAGGUAGAGAGGCUAGACUCAGGGGCCAAACUCUAGAGCUUUCCAUCUGCCAAACGAGGGCAGGAAGUCAACAAAGGUGUGGAAAAACUGGUUGAAGAAACUGGAAAAUAGUGCAGAACAUUCCUACUUUUACAUGAAAGUGUGAUUGGUUUACGUAGGUAAGAUCAUGAGAUAUAGGAUAGGGAGAUGAACAAGAAAAAAAUUGAGGAAACAGGUGUAAUUACCAGUAUAAGAUUUAACACUUAUUGGAUUCUGGUUACUGUGAAAGUGUCAGGUGAGGUUUAGCUUUAUUCAAGUAAAGUCCCUCUUAACUCAAAAAUGUGUUUUGCUUAUUGUUAGUUCAGUUGGAUAUCUGACCUUCACUGUUCAGAAUAAUGUACAGUAUGUGCAGAGUUUGACAUUAGAAGAGAGUCAUGUUUGCAGCAUACAAAAGUGUGAUGAGGAAGGUUGAAAUGUGCAGCAACAUAAACUGAGAAUAUACUUUAUAGUGAGGUGGGAGACAUCUUGCUAUCUCCAUCAUAUAUAUAUAUAUAUAUAUAUAUAUAUAUAUAUAUUCUGAAAACACAACACAGUCGGCCAAUUUGACAAAGCUGUUAUAUCAAUAUACUGUAAAAGUCUUUGUUCUGAUUCUCAGCUCUGAGUUGCCUUCACAUCGUUUAUUAAAAUAUCCAAUAAAGUCUCAGCUUUGACGCUGAAAAUCAGCACUUAUUUUGGAACCAUCUUUAACACUUUUAUUUAUUAGA